AUGAGUUCCCGAGACUACGAUUUGGAAAAGGCAUGGAUUGGCUUUGAUCUUGACGACACCUUGCAUGAGUUUCGCAAAGCCUCUUCGAUGGCAACCAACGAAGUCCUUGCAAUAAUCUCUAGGCAACAUAAUAUCCCCAUGCCGGCACUGAAACAAGAAUACUCCAGAAUUCUCCAACUCAAGACAGCAAAUGCCUUUGCUGAUGGAAAGACAUCAUUCGACUACCGAAAGGAGAGAUUCACUCUUGUUUUGGAGCACUUUUCCCUGUCAUAUGAUACGCAUUCCAUGACUUUGCUUCUGGAAACCUAUGAAGCUACCUUAUCAGCGUCACUUGAGCUCAAGUGUGGUGCCCUAGGUCUACUGUCAAACCUCAGACAUAUGGGCAAGAAGAUUGUUGUUAUAACCGAAGGCCCACAGGACGCACAAGAAAGGACUGUCGAGGCUCUUGGUAUUAGCAGCUAUAUCGACUUUCUUGCUACAACCAAUCACUUUGGUGUAGGCAAAACCGCCGGCCUCUUUACCAAAGUACUUCAGCACUUGGGCAUCUCUUCUGGCGACAUGGCAUACAUUGGCGACAACGUGCAGCGAGAUAUGGAGCCUGCUUUGAGUGCUGGCAUUUUCUUAAUUCAUUUUGCCGAGUCAAAGAACGUUGCAUUGAACAUGGUUCCGCCGCAGAUUAAUACAUUGAGGAAGCUGCAGUAUAUCAUAGCUGGUUGA